CUUGACUCUUCGGGUGACUACUAUAAAAUAAUCCUAAUUAUGUGCCCUGUAUUGAAUUGUUUUCCUUAUAAACCUUGACUACAGCACGAGGGGCUGAGGGGUACCAGCUAUCAUGCCUGACUCAGGAGAGAGCUGCGGAGAAUAAGAGAGUCCGGUCGUUGCCAAAACAACAGGUCCCGGGGGGGAGGGCGCCUAAGUUCUAUCUCCACGGAGACUGCGCAGGCCGAACACCAACAUUACUGAUAGUGGACGCAUCCCAAAGGUCAGCCAAGGUCGGGAGGUGAGCCAGAAUACAGGUUGAUGACAGUGCUCUCAUCCCUCAUUUGCUACCCCGAGAAGCGGCCCACUCCGAGGCCUGGGCCUAGAAUUUCAGGGCUGGGGAAUAGGAGUUGAGCUGGGGGAGCGGACGUAGGUCAGUGGCCUCGCCAGUCCCUGUGCCUCAGGCCCCAACCCAUGACGCCCAAGAAGAAGCGUGGGCCGACCUCGGGGCGCCGAGCAGCGGGCGAGGGUGCAGAGCCGCCGCCGUCAGAGCGCUUUCAGUACCUGCAGCGCGAGUACACGCUACUCUCGGAGCAGCUGGAGGCCUGUGAGGAGCGCGUAGACCGGGUGCUGCGAGAAAACGCCUUCCUGGACAGUGAAGCGCAGCGCUUGCGCGAGGAGAACCGGCUUUACGCCAGUUAUGUGAGCGCGCACGCGCAGCGCUGUGCUCAAGCCAUAGUGGGGCUGGACCAGCAGAACCGCGUGGACUUGGAGCAGAUACAAGGGCAGCGAGCCGAGCUUGCUUCACUCUACCGGGGGCGCGAGGACGGGGUUCGCACGCAGCUGUUGGAUAUGGAAGCGCGCGCGGCCCAGAUGGUGCAGCAGGUGCAGGAGCUGCAGCCCUACAAGGAGCUGCAGCUGGAACAGCUGGCGCGGAUCCGGACCCUGGAGCGCGAGCUGCUACAUAUGCGCGUGGAGCACACGCAGCUCCUGCAUCGCGAGAAGAAGCGCUUCUUGGAGGACAAGGCGGCCUUUGAGCGCGAAGCGCGCCAGAGCGUGCAGUCCCUGGCGCGGCGCGCGGAGCGGGAUGCGGCGCGCGCGCUCCUCGUACACACGCAGGCCAUCAAGGCGGACAACGGACGCCUGAGGCAGGAGCUGCUGCGGCUGCUCCACCGGGCGCAGUUACUGCGCGACACGCGAUACCAGCUGCUUCAGCAACGUGAGCAGCUGCGGCUGGAGCACAAGGACACAAGGAGCCUGGUGCGCGUACACAGCUGGCUGCGCAGGGGACCCGAGGGCCCGCCGCUCUGGCAGCCACCCGCUCCCUCCCAGCCCAGCUCGCGCCCUGGAUCGUUCGCUUCCAGGGACCCCUCGCGUGCAGCGUCCAUGGUCCCGCCUGGGGCCCGGUCGCGCGCGGUGUCCCAGGUACCAUGGAUGGUCUCCUCAAGAACAGCCUCCAGGGUUCCCUCUUUGCGGUCGCGUGCGACUUCUCAGGUCCAGUCCUUGGUCCCAUCUCUAGCGGCUUUGCAGGAGUCCUCUGGCCUCGAGUCCCUGGUCCUGACCCGCACCGCCUCCCGGGUCCCAUCCCUGACCCAGUCGAACUCAGGCUUCCAGAUCGCAUCCCAGACCCCCUCGUUCUCGAGCUCCAGGACCUUGUCGCCAAAGCUGUCACGCGAGGGCUCUGGGAUCUCUCCGCGGACCUCCUUUCCUGAUACUUCACAGAACACUGUCCCCUCUGGAAAGUCCGACCCCAAGCUUCCCUCGGGGCUGGCCCAGGGUGCAGCUUCUCUUAGCCCACAGUCAGAGGGUGUGGACUCGGUUGCAGCACCAGAGGUUGCCCCGGGGCAAGCCUGAACCCCACCUGGAAGGCCCGGGUCGGGGAGACCAGCAGAACGCUUCCCUGGUUCCUGUGAGUGUUAAUAAAGGUGUGGCCCCCAUGCUGCUACUUGCCUGGUUUGCUGCUGUAGCAUUUCCGGAGCGCACAGUGGUGCUCAUGUCCACCGAGGACUCCCGGACUGCCAGGGCCUUGAUGCCUCUUUCCCUCUAUGGAAUUCAGCGUCCAUUCUGUGACUACCGUGGACCUCAGCAAGAUCCGGAGGGUGGUGCUAAAUGCUAGGUGGAAGCUGGAUAGUGAGACCUUGAGGGUCAGGUCUGAGGCCCUGCACUGGUUCUCAGUGCAUGGGAGAAGUUUUGCAGCUAUUUUGAGUAAUAUUAAACUGCCCCGUUUAGAGAUUGUUGCAAGAAUAGUGCCAGGACUCCCAUGAAUCAAGCAUCCGGGUGCACAGCAGCACACCUUUUGCCUAUGUAUUUCUGUUACUGCAGUUUUAGGCCCCAAAGCCUAACUCUGGGUGUCACAGCAGAUUACACUUGGCCACCCAUCCCAUAAUGCCAGUCAAGGAAAUGGGGUGAAUUGGGUGAAGGAUAGGGAAGGAGCGUUAAUCAGCAUGACCACGCUGGGAGAGACACAAUAAAGAGGCUCAAGAUUUGUCUUAGAGAGCCUGACAGAAGCUUUGGGGUUUUACAGAAA